ACCCCCAUAGACGUCAGUCACUCACAUACUCUUCCGCGUCUAAACCUCAUCUCGUUAACUCACACGAACAUCUUCGAACUCAAGAUCUCAAAUACAGGUUUUCAAUCGGAAAAUGGUAGUGUCGCUGAGACUACCUUCUCUCACUUCUCUUUUUUCUCCUUCGGCGCGCCGGUCUCCGGCUUCUUUCCGGCAAUUCUACCUCCGGCCGCCUUUUUCCGCUGGAUUCACUGCACAGAGCAAGGCUUCGAGUCCGGCUGAGACGGACGACCGAGUGGCUAGCCAGAAGAACCGAGUUAACCAGGACCGAGUCAUCACUCCUCGGUCUCAGGACUUCAAUGCGUGGUACCUCGAUGUUAUUGCUAACGCUGAGCUCGCGGAUUAUGGUCCCGUUCGUGGCACCAUGGUUAUUCGUCCAUACGGUUAUGCCAUUUGGGAGGCUAUUCAGGAUUACUUGAAUGUUAAGUUCAAGGAGACAGGGCACAGCAACAUGUACUUUCCACAGUUUAUACCAUACUCUUUCAUAGAGAAAGAAGCUAGCCAUGUUGAGGGUUUCAGUCCAGAGUUAGCUCUUGUUACAGUUGGGGGAGGGAAGGAACUUGAAGAGAAACUUGUGGUUCGACCUACAAGUGAAACCAUUGUGAAUCACAUGUUUACUCAGUGGAUUCAUAGUUAUCGUGAUCUUCCUCUCAUGAUCAACCAGUGGGCAAAUGUCACAAGGUGGGAGAUGCGCACAAAACCUUUUGUGAGGACUCUUGAGUUUCUCUGGCAGGAGGGUCAUACUGCACAUGCCACCCCAGAAGAGGCAGAAAAAGAGGCGAUGCAGAUGAUUGAUAUCUAUACAAAGUUUGCUUAUGAGCAGGCUGCAAUACCUGUUAUUGUAGGUCGAAAAUCAAAAGUGGAAACAUUUGCUGGUGCUGAUAAGACUUAUACUAUAGAGGCUAUGAUGGGUGACCGGAAGGCACUACAAGCUGGAACAAGCCACGACCUUGGUCAAAAUUUCUCGCGUGCCUUUGGAACACAGUUUACUGAUGAAAAUGGAGAAAGGCAACAUGUGUGGCAGACAUCGUGGGCUAUCAGUACCCGCUUUGUAGGUGGUAUAAUCAUGACGCAUGGAGAUGACAAUGGGUUAAUGCUCCCUCCAAAGCUUGCACCAAUACAGGUUAUAAUUGUUCCAAUAUGGAAGAAGGCUGAUGAGAAAACAGGAGUGCUCACUGCUGCAUUGUCUGUAAAAGGAGUUUUACAAACAGCUGGGCUUAAAGUUAAACUUGAUGACUCAGAUCAGAGAACCCCGGGUUGGAAAUUCAAUUUCUGGGAAAUGAAGGGAGUCCCUCUAAGAAUUGAGAUUGGCCCACGGGAUGUUUCCAGUGGAAGUGUGGUCAUAUCAAGGAGAGAUGUUCCUGGAAAGGAAGGGAAAGUUUUUGGCAUAUCCAUGGAACCUUCAAUUUUAGAAGCUUAUGUCAAAGACAAGUUGGAUGAGAUCCAGUCAUCUCUUCUUGGGAGGGCAACAUCAUUUCGGGAUAGUAACAUUGUGGAUGUGGGCUCUUAUAGUGAACUCAAGGAAGCAAUAUCCUUGGGAAAAUGGGCUAGGGGUCCGUGGUCAGCUAGUGAUGCAGAUGAAUUGAGAGUAAAAGAAGAAACCGGGGCCACCAUACGCUGCUUUCCCUUCGACCAACCCCUGGGGAUCAAAACCUGUCUGAUGACCGGCAAACCAGCUGAAGAAGUUGCCAUUUUUGCAAAAUCCUACUAAGGUUUGUCAUCUUCAAACAUAUAUAGGGUGUUGUUUAUAUCAAUUACUUGACAUGGUGAAUACUGCCAAGAUUUCUCCUUUUUAUCUUAAAGACUAAAUUAUUUAUAACCAAGUUCAAUCAGGGUGUAAAUUUAUUCAAUUUGUCCUUUUGGGUGGUUUCACAAUUGCCUGAUCUCUUACCCCUUAGUUUCAGAGAGAGCUAAGUAUUAUAAAUUACUAGUGAGCAUUAAAUUUCUGAACUGUCA